GUUAUCAAUCAACCAUGAAAAAGGUCAAAACAUCUAUAUAGGACAGCAGAUCGAAGAAGUCGAAGCACCCUUCCGUAUUAAUGGAUACGAAAAAAAAAAAAUCGAAAAGUUCGAAUCCGCGAGAGGGUGCAAACCCCCUGGCAAUCGCGACAUUUGCGUAUACGUUUCCGACUUUCAUCCAAGGCUUCAAGCGGGAGUUCGCCGAGGCCGAUCUCUACGAGACAUUCUCCGAACAUAAGUCGGCCAAAUUGGGGGACGAUAUAGAAAAGGCUUGGAAUUUGGAGUUGGAACGUGCCAAUAAGUUGAGCGUGCAACCGUCACUUGCCAGGGUGUUGGUAAAGCUGUUCGGGCUAAAUUACUUACUGCUGGCUAUUCCGGUCAUGUGCGUCGACUUGGUUUUCAAAAUGAGCCAACCUUUACUUUUGGCUAAAUUGAUUGCAUACUACGCGCCGUCUACAUCGACAUCGAUCACAAGUAAAGAGGAAGCGUACUUUUAUGCGGCCGCCGUGGUAUUUUGCUCCCUGCUUGUGGUUCUUUUUCACUACCCUUACAUGAUCGGUGUGCUGCACGCGGGGAUGAAGCUGCGUGUGGCCUGCUGCUCUUUGGUAUACCGCAAGACGCUAAAACUGAGCAAAACGGCCCUGGGUGGGACAGCCAGCGGGCAAAUAGUAAAUCUCUUAGCGAAUGACGUCAACAGAUUCGAUUUCUUUACCGUUUUUAUCCACCACCUGUGGGUGGCACCGGUACAAGCGUGCAUUGCAUGCUACUUAAUGUACCAAGAAGUCGAGUAUUCGGCUCUCUUCGGUUUGGCCUUCCUAUUACUCUUCAUACCCUUCCAAUUUCUGAUUGGAAAGAUGUUGUCAAAAACUCGGCUUAAGACCGCGUCAAAAACAGACGAAAGAGUUUGCUUGAUGAACGAAAUUAUCUUAGGAAUACAAGUGAUAAAAAUGUACACUUGGGAAAGGCCCUUCACCGAACUGGCCCAGGCGGCACGAAGCUUGGAGAUAAGAUGCAUCAAGAUUUCGUCGAUAUUUAAAGGAAUAAUGGCGUCAUUUAUCAUGUUUUCGACUCGUUCCUCGUUAUUUCUGACAAUAUUAGGAUAUGUCCUUUUCGGUAAUGCGAUCACCGCCCAAAAAGUAUUCAUGCUGACCAACUAUUACAACGUGCUACGCCUGACGAUGACGGUCUUCUUUCCGCAAGGUCUCGCCUUUCUGGCAGAAACGAAAGUGUCCAUUCAACGCCUGACCGAAUUUUUACUCCACGAGGAGGUGGCGCCGCGCGAAUCGGUAGCGGCGUAUAAGCGAAACGCCGAUCCGAAUUCCCAGGAUAUCAUCUGCGUAGAAAAGGGCACCGCGAAAUGGACGGACUUCAUGGCGGACAAUAUUUUCUCCGAUCUGAACAUCAACGUACGAGCCGGUUCGUUGGUGGCGAUCAUCGGGCCGGUCGGUUGUGGUAAAUCGAGUAUACUGCAGGCGCUGCUCAAGGAAUUGCCGCUAAAAUCCGGAACGCUUACGGUCAAAGGUACCGUAAGCUACGCCUCCCAGGAGCCGUGGUUGUUUACUGGAAGCCUACGUCAGAAUAUACUUUUCGGUCAAAAUAUGGACAAGAUACGUUACAAAACUGUAGUGGACAAAUGCGCCCUGCGACGCGAUUUUACGCUUCUAUCCAAUUCGGAUAAGACGGUAGUUGGUGAACGAGGUGCUUCGCUAAGUGGCGGACAGAGGGCGCGCAUCAAUUUGGCUCGCGCGGUAUACAAGCGGGCCGACAUUUACUUGCUCGACGAUCCUUUAUCCGCCGUGGACCCCGACGUCGGUAAACAAUUGUUUAAGAGCUGCAUAAAGGAGUUCCUACGUCACAAAACCGUCAUCCUGGUAACGCACCAACUGCAAUACCUGCAAGAUGUCGACCAUAUCAUCAUUAUAGACAAUGGGUACAUACAAGCGCAAGGGACGUUUCGCGAUCUGCAAGCUUCCGGUUUGAACUUCGCCAAAUUACUAACGAGCGAGAACGACUUCGUCGAGGUCGAGAGCGCCGAGGCGGUGAAUCGCAGGAUGUCGAUUCAAAUGUGCGCGCAACGAAAAGACUCGAUAGUCGGGAUGCAGAGAAAAAUGUCGGUGCAACUCGCCUCGCAGAGAAGAGAGUCUAUUAUAAGUAUACAAUCUGACGACAUCAUGGAUCCGGGAGCGCCGGAGGAGAAAAUUGUUCGGGGCUCCGUUUCCGGUAGUGUUUACACUUCCUAUCUAAAAGCGGGAGGUAACUAUCUUUACAUCGUUGGAGUAAUCCUGCUGAUACUUGCCACGCAGUGUCUGGCAAGUUUUGUUGACUAUUUCAUUGCAGUUUGGGUAAACAUCGAGCACGAACGUUCCAUUGGUUUCACAGAUGAACACUUCCGUAACCGAACGAUUUACUUCUCAACAGAAAGUGCGAUCCUCAUUUACUCGGGCGUGUCGGUGGCGUUAAUUUUAACUGCGCUCACCAGAUCCUGCGCCUUUUUUGUGAUGUGCGCAACGAUAUCACAAAAACUUCACAAUUCCAUGUUUAACAAUCUAAUUCGGACCACGAUGGGCUUCUUCAACACGAACAACUCCGGAGUGAUCCUGAACAGAUUUUCAAAGGACAUUGGAGCGAUUGACGAAAGGCUGCCGCUUGCCCUCAUGGAUGUUCUGCAAUUGGGAAUGAGUUUACUGUCGAUUAUUACGAUAAUCGCUACGGUCAACUAUUGGCUAAUCAUACCGACGUUAGUGAUAUUUAUUUUGUUUUAUUUCCUAAGAAUGUUCUUUUUAACUACGAGUCGCAACAUUAAACGAUUGGAGGGAGUGACUCGAAGUCCGGUUUUCGGGCAUCUUAAUGCAUCACUACAAGGCCUCACAACAAUACGGGCAUUUGGUGCGCAGCAAAUACUGGAGAAAGAGUUUGAUGGCCACCAAGAUCUGCACAGCUCUGCAUUUUACACCUUCAUAUCCAUUUCGACAGCUUUCGGUUACUUUCUCGAUCUUUUCUGUGUGGUAUAUAUUGCUACCGUAACCGUGAGUUUUCUCCUCUACGAUACGGGCAGUCAAGGAGGCAAUGUGGGACUGGCCAUAACGCAAGCUCUCGGUCUAACUGCACUGUUCCAAUGGACCCUGAGGCAAACUGCCGAGCUGGAGAACCAAAUGACGUCAGUAGAACGCGUCUUGGAAUAUACACACUUAGUGCCCGAACCGAUUUUUGAAAGCGAACAAAAUCAAAAACCUCCCCCAACCUGGCCCGAGAGGGGGGAAGUGAAAUUUGUAGAUCUAUCAAUGAGCUACUUCCCGGAGGAUCCGCCAACAUUAAAGCACCUAAGCUUCACAAUUAAACCGUUAGAAAAGGUGGGCAUCGUAGGGCGGACGGGUGCCGGUAAAUCGUCUCUCAUAUCUGCUUUGUUCUUACUGGCUCCGACCGAAGGGGCAAUAGUAAUCGAUGAUGUCGUAAUCCAAGACAUCGGGCUGCAGGAGUUACGAUCGAAAAUUUCCAUCAUCCCCCAAGAGCCGGUUCUCUUUUCGGGAACCAUGAGAUCAAACCUGGAUCCGUUCGACGAAUACGACGAUGAGGUGUUAUGGAAAGCGCUCGAAGAUGUCGAGCUAAAAGAUUCAAUCACCGACAGCCAGUUAGGGUUGAACUCGAAGAUUUUGGAGGGAGGUACCAAUUACAGUGUGGGACAGAGACAAAUGAUCUGUUUGGCAAGAGCUAUCGUACGUAACAAUAAGAUCUUGGUGCUCGAUGAAGCUACGGCCAAUGUUGACCCACAAACUGACGCUUUCAUUCAAAAGACAAUUCGAAGAAAGUUUGCCGACUGUACCUUACUUACGAUUGCCCACAGAUUAAACACUAUUAUGGAUUCGGACAAAAUACUAGUGAUAGAUGCGGGUAAAUUGGUCGAGUUCGAUCAUCCCCACAAUUUGCUUAAAAAUAAAAAUGGAUAUUUUUAUAAGAUGGUUGAUCAAACGGGAGCAGCACUGGGUAACUUUUUGAAAAACGUAGCGCAAACGAAUUACCAAAAGAUGACUGUAAAAGAAGAAAAUGAGAAAGAAAGCGAUAAAAGCAACCAGGCGGAAAUAGCUGCACCUCCACCAAUCAAGGAGUCCGAAAAGAUCGUUGUUAGCGUGAGACCUAUAACGAGUUAUAACUCAACAUUAUUAGAAGAGGAAGAAGAAGACGAUGAUUAAUUGUUUCUUGUACGUACUAUAAAAUUGAAUAAACGUGAGCAAGCUCAGAAUUUUACAAAGC